AUGGCAGGUGAUGAAGAGACACGUGAUGCUCCGAUUUCAUCUCAGGAAGAACACAACCAUAUGCAAAUCUUUGAAAAAAACAGCUCAAGCCAUGAUAUUCAAAAUAUCCCAAACAAGCAAAUUGUGUCAGUUAUGGAAUCUCAAGAAGAGAAAAUUGGGAAUCAGCAAAUUGUUUGUAUUGGCCAACACACAGAACCAGAUCUUUCAAUGACAGAAGUGCAGCAAGAUGAGCCUAAAUCCCUUCAGACCACAUCACCACCAUUUCAAGCUUCCAACCAGCCACUAGCAAGGUUAAGGGUUGGAAAAUAUCAAAAAUCUAGGAUGGCGGACUGCUUAGAAGCAUUUCCCAGACAGAUAUCGGAGGCAAACAAGAGUCUCAUAAGAGAAGUAGAGCUUUGA